ACUAUUAAACAAAAAGAAGUCAACAACCAGGAAGAAAACUUGUAAAACUUGUUCACAACCGAAAACUUACACGUCAACUGAUGUUUUUUCUCCAUUUUGGUAAUUUUUUGCACGUAUGUCUCAGUCUCUCGGUUGUCAGUAGUAUAAUUCAUCGUUUAAGUGAUCUUUAGCUCAAUGGCCAGUUCUUUUCCAAGCGUUUCGGAGCUGGUGGCAGGUGCUCGGCAUCAGUAUGGAAAGGUGUUCGGGGAGGAAGCGCCUCUGGUGGCGGUGUGUGCUCCGGGAAGAGUCAACCUGAUCGGGGAGCACACCGACUACAACCAGGGAUUUGUUCUGCCGAUGGCACUGCCUCUGGUUACUGUGGUGGUUGGCAGUAAAACCUCUGAACAGGAUGUGACAGUGGUAACGGCGACCAAGGAUGUUGAUGAGCCUGUUAGAGUGGACUUCAGCCUGCCCAGUGAUGGAUCACCGCUGAGUCCAGGGUCACCUAGUUGGGCAAACUAUGUGAAGGGUGUUAUCCAUCAUUACAGGGCACCUCCUGUCCCAGGUUUCAGGGCAGUAAUAGCCAGCAGUGUCCCUCUGGGAGGAGGCCUGUCCAGCUCUGCCUCUCUGGAGGUGGCUGUCUACACAUUCCUGCAGCAACUCAAGCCAGAUGAUGGAGAAAAGGUGGCCAAAGCACUGAGCUGUCAGCAGGCAGAACACACUCAUGCUGGUGUGCCAUGUGGCAUCAUGGAUCAGUUUGUGUCCGUCCUUGGGAAGGAGGGGCAUGCUCUGCUCAUCGAUUGCAGGUCACUGGAAGCCACCUCCAUCCCCCUGACAGACCCAGAGCUGGUCAUUCUCAUCACUAACUCAAAUGUGAAGCACUCUCUGACUGGAAGUGAGUAUCCCACAAGACGCAGACAGUGUGAGGGGGCUGCGUCAAUCCUGGGAAAGGCCAGUCUCAGAGACGCCACCAUGAAGGACUUGGAGGAGGCAAGAGACAAAAUGGAUGAUGUUACUUAUCAAAGAGCUCGUCAUGUGAUAGAGGAGAUCGAACGCACCGUUCAAGCUGCUGAGAGCCUCAAAAAAGGAGCCUACAGAGAGUUUGGCAGGCUCAUGGUUGAGAGCCACAACUCUCUCAGGGAUCUGUAUGAGGUGAGCUGCAAGGAGCUGGACGAGCUGGUAUCUGCAGCCAUGGAGGUGGAGGGGGUAUUUGGCAGCCGGAUGACAGGCGGAGGAUUUGGUGGGUGCACUGUGACCUUGUUGCAGGCCGGUGCCAUUGACAAGACUAUACUUCACAUAAAGGAGCGAUACAAUGGAACCCCGACAUUCUAUGUCACAACUCCUUCAGAGGGAGCUCGGGCUCUCAGUCUGCCCUGACUUACUUCAACACAUCAACCAUUUACCACUUGAUGUUUUUUUGUUUACAAUCAUCUGCUAAUAACAUUCUAAUCAGUUAUGCAGAGUUAGAACUGUACUAAAUCUGGGGAAGUGCCUUUACACUUAAACAAAUCUCCCUUGUAACUCUAUGUUCCAUUUCAAUGAUGAAAUACUUUUGCCUCUAGAUACCUUGUAGCAACAGUUUUUAAAUGUAAACACAAACACUUGAUAGAUUAUAUACUUCUAUUUAACUAAUAUGAAGUGAAGGGUUAACUCGAUGCCAGGUAGCUUAAAUGAAACCUUCCGUGGGAGAGUCAUCAGUGUGUCACGGCUUAAAAGAUUUGCCAACGUUUAUUUUACUGAGACUGUGGUCUGUUUUCAGAUUAAGUUUUACCCACAGUGUCAAACUUUACACAUCUUAAUUUUCCAUGGUUAUGUAUGGCUGUUUGACGUGUUCAAACUCAAAUAAUCAUGGUGUACUGUAUGUGUUUUUGCAUUGGUGUAAAUAAAUGAGAUUGCAAAUGA